AUACAGCAGCAUCGUCUGUGUGACGUAACCUCGGACAUAACAAAGACGAAGGUUUCAAGAAGCAACAGAAAGGAACAGCGAGUGAACAAAUUUACAAAUUUGUUAGAAACAAGAUUUUUUACAAAGUUUUACAAUGGAUGAUUUAUCAUCGGAUGCUGUUGGAAUAGACGAUUGUGGAAAAAUAGAAGUUCAGUGGUGGAAUGAACUCGAAACAACAUUACAAACGAAAAUUCCAAUAUACCUGAAAAACUUGUUGACUUUUACUGGAUUUGACAACAUAUUAUCUUUGCGCUCUUUCUCGGAAGAAAAUAUAAAAGAUUUGGAAGAAUUUGGAAAAAGUGAUAUGGAACAUUUUCGUGAUAAACAAAAACCUGCACAAGAUUAUUACUUUGACUAUUUAUAUAGUCAAAGGAUUAUUAAUUUUGUUAUUUGCUAUAGCUAAACAUUUUCAGUAAAAUAAAAUUGACGCUAAAUGGAAUGUAAAAAAGCAAUCAAUAUUCAAAAAGUCAGAUCAGUCGGUUUCCAUAUCUAUCGAACACAACAAAGACAUGACUACAAACGAUAGUAUUGACCUAAACAAGGAUAGGAUGCAAAUAUCCAAAUUAAUAGUGGCGUAUAUAAAAUCAUUUAUUGUCGAUAACAAAAUUCAAUUAAGUAAACAUGAAAAUGAAAAACUUGCAGUGCUUAAUAUUAUUGUCAAAAUUAAUAAUGACAAUCGAGAUGACAAUAAUAUUUCUGAACAAGGGUCACAAGCUCUUUCUGCGCAAGUUGAUUGCAUUUUUUGUUCUACACCACAAUUUGUAGGCAAAUUUUCAAAUAGGUGGGUAAUAUCAAAUUACCAAAGACAUUUAAAACGCUAUCAUGGUAAACAAGACCUCAAAACAAAAACAACACACCGUAAUCGAAAUCAUAAAUCUAAUGACGUUUCUCCUAUCGUUCAGAUGUGGACUAAAAUUUCUAAUAAAGAUUCUAAUAAAGAAAAUGUACUUGAUGUGGAUUCACCUUCACCACCUGACUAUUCUUCUGAUGACACUUUGAUAGAUACACAGAAGAGAAAAUUAUUCAAGACGACGGCAACUGUUCAAACAGAGUAGAAAAUUCUGGCGAGAAAGACAUUAUCUCGAGUCCUACUUCUACUUCGAAAAUAGCCACAUGCGGAUCGGAUAGCGAAAUUAUAACUAUCAGAAUUGCAGGAAAGUAAUUCUUUGAAUUUUUAAAAUCCGAAGAACCUGACGGGGUACAGUUUCUUCGGUACAACAAAGAACCCCAAUUAGAAUCUGACCAUGAUUCGUCAAAAUGGAAAUUAUCAAAAUAUUCAAGAUUAGAACGACAAAGACGAUCUUUAAAUCGUGCAACUAAAGGGCAAUUAAGAAUUACAAUCUAUGUCGAUGUUCUUGAUAGCAUGGAAUCGAUUUUGGCGAAAAAUAAUGAUCUAAGAAAAACUAUAUCGACUUAUUUAGAACAAAAAUGUGACAAAAGAGCUGCAAUCACGGACUUUAUUUCAAAUUCAAGUCACUAAUUCCUUAAAUCUUUAAUACAAACAGCUGAGACUAAUAAAAAAAACAUAAUAGUGGGCAUAGAUAUUCAACAUAUUAUAUAUCAACGAUU